AUGGCCGAAUCUACCGCAGCCGAAGGUCUUUUGACCCUCUGGCACUCCUUCCGCCUACCUCUGCUCGUUGCGCUCGCCACUGUCUUCGUUAUCGUCCGUCUCCGUCGCGUGUUCCAGGCUCGACCCAAGAUAGCUACCGCAUCAUCAGUUCCGUCAUCGCCGCGCAGUUCGUCUCCGGAGAAAACCACGAAGUCCGUUGCAUCGUCCUUGUCUGAGAAAAAGGACGUCGCAGUGCCCAACGGUGGCCGCGUUUCGCCGAAACCGACGGCCGGGCCGAAGAGAGUUACUGGCAAGAAGCCGCUAAAGUCUGCCAGAAAGCGAUCAAGCUCCAUCUCCGACGAGGAAAAGCAGCCUGUGACACACAUUCAGCCUAUUAUUUUCUGGGCGUCAUUGACUGGGAGUACCGAGAGGUACGCUCAGGUUCUGCUGGAGGAUUUGCGGGCAGCCGCGCAGAGCCAGGCCGACCCCGAGAACCGCGAACGCGGGCUUCUACCCCCUCAGAUCCAUGACUUGGCUGAAGUUGACUACGAUGACUACUUCACGACAGCACCUAAACCUCCACCAACUUCGCCUGGCACCCGCUAUGUGUACUGCUUCCUGAUUCCCAGCUAUAACAUCGACACUAUCCUGGAUACUUUCUUGGGCCACCUCGAUGAGACACACCAUGACUUCCGUAUUGAUACAGGAUCUCUGUCGACUCUCGCUGGAUACGCUGUUUUCGGAUUCGGAGAUAAGGAAGGAUGGCCGACCGAAGAGGAAGGAUUUUGCUCGCAGGCCAAAGAACUUGACCGAUGGAUGGCUAAGCUCACAAACAAGAAAAGAGCAUAUCCUCUCGGCUUUGGUGAUGUGAAGAGCAACGCCGACGCUUCUCUCAAAGAAUGGUCUGCCGGACUCCAAGAUAUUCUCAGUGAUAUCGUCAAGAAUGGCGGCCUGGGUGAAGGAGUUCCCGGAAGUGGCGAUCCGCUUGAGAGCGACGAAGAACUCUCUGACGACGAAGACUCUGGCUCAGGCAAAUCAAAGGCUCGUAGAAAGCCUCAGUCCGUGGUCGACUUGGAGGACAUCAAGAUGGGUUCCAACGGUCAAGCUGUCGGUUCACCCAUCCCGGUUGACUUCACAACCUCAGGUGCAUCCCGGGAUGUUCAGCCUACUGAAAAGGAAAUGGUGCCUAAAACUUCUCCUACUUACGCUUCUCUCACAAAGCAAGGAUACACGAUCGUUGGCUCGCAUUCCGGCGUGAAGAUCUGCCGCUGGACCAAAUCCGCGCUUCGCGGACGAGGAUCAUGCUACAAGUUCUCAUUCUACGGCAUUCGGUCGCACCUGUGUAUGGAGGCGACACCGUCUCUGUCUUGUAGUAACAAAUGUAUCUUCUGCUGGAGACACGGUACCAAUCCGGUCGGGACUACCUGGCGCUGGAAGGUCGAUUCGCCCGAGCUCAUCUUCAACGGCGCCAAAGAAGGUCACUACAAAAAGAUCAAGAUGAUGCGCGGCGUUCCAGGCGUCCGCGCCGAGCGCUUCGCCGAAGCGAUGCGCAUCAGACAUUGCGCCCUCAGUCUUGUCGGUGAGCCUAUCUUCUAUCCGCACAUCAACCGCUUUCUCGAUCUCCUCCACACCGAACACAUCUCCAGCUUCCUUGUCUGCAACGCCCAACACCCCGACCAACUACAAGCUCUCAACCGUGUAACCCAGUUGUACGUCUCCAUUGACGCUAGCAACCGCGACAGCCUGCGCAAAAUCGACCGCCCUCUCCACCGCGACUUCUGGGAACGCUUCCAACGCUGCCUCGAUAUCCUGCGAGAAAAGCGCCACGUUCAACGCACUGUCUUCCGUCUCACUCUCGUCAAGGGAUUCAACAUCGAUGACGAGGUCAUCGGCUACGCUAACCUCGUCGAAAAGGCCCUGCCCUGCUUUAUUGAGGUCAAGGGUGUCACAUACUGCGGCACAAGCACCAGUGCAGGCGCUGGGUUGACGAUGAAGAACGUCCCUUUCUACGAGGAAAUCGCCGAAUUCGUGGUGCAGCUCAACGCCGAACUCGAGCGCCGCGGUCUUGACUAUGGUAUCGCCGCUGAACACGCGCACAGCUGCUGUGUGCUUAUCGCUUCAUCCCGCUUCCGAGUUAAUGGCAAGUGGCACUCGCGUAUCGAUUACCCGCGGUUCUUUGAACUGCUGGAGAAGGAGAAGGCUGAUGGUACUUCGUUUCGUCCUGAAGAUUACAUGAAGGAGACGGAGGAAUGGGCGCUCUGGGGGAAUGGCGGAUUUGAUCCGAAUGAUGAGCGAGUCUUUAAGAAGGGAAAGGCUGCGAAGAAGGCACUGAAGGAGAAAGAAGAGAAGGAAGCUGCAGAAAGGGCAGCAGCAGCAGAAUGAAAACUGGAUUGACUUUGUUCUUUCUCAUGUCGUUGAAGACACCUCUGUGCAUCCCUCCGUGUGAUUUCGUGUGACGAGAUACAAUUUGCGGACGUCACUGCUCCAUUAAACUCGUUCGUUAACGACGAAGUGGCUCUACCGCAGCUUUGUACGGAAGGAGAUCGCUGGGAUGCGACCAUAUCCUGCAAUUGCCUAGUCUACCUGACUCGGCCUUACCCGAUGUAUCAAACAAAAGUUAGCUACCAUCUACUCAUUGCUAUCUUUUAUGGAUAGAAGCACGAAUGGCAGCCGGUAGCAUUAACAGC